GAACGACAUGACUUUGUCAGACAACUCCCUGGUCUACCAAGUGCUUCUGCCUGCCUCUUGUGCUGUCUUCAUCAUAGUCGUCGUUCUGGUCAUCGCCUGUUGUCUGAUCAAGAAGAAGAAAAAGUAAAGAGCAGCCCAUUUCGCCAUCAAGAAAAGCCCAUGUCUUCAAGAUGUGAUGAAAUAUACCCCCACCACGUCCCGGGUGGAAACGGGGAGAAUGCAUCCUCCAAACCCAAGUCUUCAGUUUUUGUCUCGUCCGCAAGUUCUCUUGCUCAUGGCUCUCCCAGAAGCUUUGACUUCGCUUCCUCCAAUAAUGAGAGAGUUCCAUGUAACAUUCCCGCAUCUGCAUCAGCUAGCCAGUGCGUUUCUGUUUUGGCUUGUCAACCGAUGCAAUUUGCCACUUUAGGUGGCUCAAAGGAAGAGGAAGAAGAACGAAUUUACGAAACUCUAGACAAAAACUGGAAGCUGAAGUAUGAGGAAGAGAAGCUAAGGAGCCUGGGACGCAAUCAGACAUCUGGUUUUGGAACCGCUAAACCUCUCCAGGGCCCCGAAAACAGCCAGGCUCCAGUUUGGUCGCACAACGCCCUUAACGUCGCCAUACAGGGCAUUCCUUGCCAGUGUGCUGAAACAACGAAGACCAACAAAGUAGUCCCAGAAAUUCCUAAACAGCCUGGGAAACUCGUGUGUCAGAUUUCUUUGUACGAAAUAUCAGAGGAGACAAGCUCUCUCAAGGCCACUGAAGCAAAUUAUUAUUACAUUUUCCAGCAGGAACACACUUCUGCAGUACAGCAUUCCAAGAAUGAUACGAACGAACCCAAGUCUUUCCCUUUUAGAAACGUCCCUUUGCAGAUUGCAUCUUUACUGCCUCAAGACACUAAUCUGAGCACACCGCUGGACAAUUUCAUUCUUGAGCCCGUAAGAGAUCCCCAGCAGUUUUUGGCCAAACGUUUAACUGUUAGCGAAAACACUGGGGGCAAAGUUUCAAAACAAAAUCCGUUGUCUCGCAGAACUUCGUUAAAAAAUUACGAAAAUAUUAAAAAACCAACACACAGCCUACGUCCUGCUUUUCUGCUGAAAAAAUCGGAGAGCUUCAAGGACCCUGCCUGUUCUCAAAAGACGAGUGUCCAACCGAAGAAGAGAAGUGAUUCGUUCAGCAGCAGCCUGCGGGUGCGCCCAGUUGUCAAGCCGUUCGAAAUGACCCCCGAAACAGCUCGAAUCUUGUCCAAACUCGGCCCCUUACCUCCUGUUCCCACUCCUUCAGUCGUCGCGGCGGGAGAGAAUGUUCCAACACCACUCUCCCCCAACUGCCGGAGUCCCCUUGCUCGUAUUUCUCCCGCCACCAGCUUCGACUCAGACUGCCAUAUGACCCAAACGUACCCAAAAACAACUGGUGCGAAUGACAGUUACAGCAGCCACAGUUCACAUGAACGAUCCCAGAGCACCAUAGCUGCUUCUCAAGACGAGACUACAUCCAAUCAAACAGAGACUACUCGGGCAGUGCUCCACGUAUCAAACUGCUCAGCUGAUAUCUCCCGGGAUUCCACCCUCCGGAAGAAAAAGCCAGACUACAACAACAGGGUUUGCCCAUCUGAUUUGAAAACUUCCAGCCAUAAAGACAUGUCUAAACGACUUCUGAAAGUAGAAAACCCAAAUUUCCAUCGGCGGUCAGGCCACGACAAUUCUCAACCUCACUUCGCCGAUAAUGUCACUGCAGCCAAUACCGCGACUCGCCCAAGCGGCCUCGAUCCCGAUAACCAUUAUUUCAUAUUGGAAGCAAACCAACGCUUUCGCAACAGUAACUACUCUAGUUCUAGUGCUUAUUAUACAACAAGUGAUGAGGAAGCUUGAAGGAAUGCAGGAUGUUCCCAAAUAAUUGAUAUUUCCCAAGGGAAGAGCAAAUCCAAUAACAUUUCUUUAAGUCUUGUCGUUAAGUAACGUGACAUAUUUAAGGAAGUGUAAUGAUGACUUUUCAUGGAGGAGAUGUGUGGAAAGAGACAUGAGAGAGAUGAAGCCCACUUGGGACGAGCUGGGAAGAAUGUCCCAGGACAGAGACAAGUUGUAGGAGCUGGUAUGUGGCCUAUAUCCUGCCGGGGGUGAAAGGCUUUAAUAAUGAAUUUGAAUGAUGACUGUAGAUAAUCCUUUACCUUUAUGUUAUUAUCCACUGGCUACACACUGUUAGGAUGAUUCUUGGUUUUUAAAAAUGUCAUCCCUUUUGUUGUUAAGCUGCUCUUCUGAAGACUGUCAAAAGAACAUAAUGUGAAACAAUGUACAUGCUUGUAGUUUUUGAAGAGAUUGUCUGUUUUCAUUAUUUAUUUGUUGUUGUACAAAUACAUAUUACAAUGUAUUAAAAGUAUCGACAAAAGGUCUAAUCGCUUUAUUGUUCUCAAAAUCUUUGCUACCGUAACUUAAAAAAUUCCACAUCGUAAUGUCCACUUAUUCACACAAAACUACGAAGAGCAACCUCUCAUAUUUUUUUUCUCACAUGCAAAUACGAAGACAAACACACAUCACACACUUACACGCGUACUUUAUUUACUUUAUAAACGUUUGAUUGUAACAUGGAAAGAAGAAGAAGAAGAAGAAGAAGAAGAAGAAGAAGAAGAAGAAGAA